CCUAGUUAAAUUAGAAGCUAGAAAGUUGUUCAUUGCAUCCUUGUUGCCGAUCUUCCCACACAAUGAAGCUCCUCCGUGCUUCAUUCACCGCCGCCCUCAAAAUGGCACUGAACGUUAACAUUUACAACGGGAUGAUCCGCGGCUUCGCCACCGCCGCUGGGAAAUCAGAUUCAGAAUCGAAGAAGGUGGGGGAAGCGUUUCAGUCGUUGAAGCGGUUGUGCCGGGAAGGGAGGAUACCAGAGGCUGAGCAGAUGCUUGAGGUGAUGAAAUGCAAGGGUUUGUUCCUUGAUGAGAGGACUUACUCGUCUGUCAUUGGUUGGUUCUGCAACCUGAAUAAGAUUGAUUCGGCUCAUACCCUUUUGAGUGAAAUGAUUGCUAAGGGUUUUUCACCCUCGGUUGUUACAUACAACUCACUUGUUUUUGCAUAUUGCCGUCGGGAUAGUGUUGAUAAGGCUGUGGGAAUUCUGAGGGCCAUGGCUGAGAGAGGUUUGUCUCCUGAUGUUGAUAGUUAUAACCGUGUUAUUUCUAAGUUUUGCAAAAUGGAGGAGCUGGAGGAGGCUCUUGAAAUGAAGGAGGAGAUGGUUGAUAAGGGCAUCUUUCCUGAUGCUGCGACGUAUUCGUCGCUUAUGGAGGCCUUGUGCGUAGAGCAAAGACUGUCGGAAGCUUUUGAUCUCUUCCGAGAGAUGCUGCGCGGGGGUGUGUCGCCAGAUGAGCUUACUUAUACUAGAUUGCUGAAUGCUUGUUGUCUUGUAGGUGAAUUCACUAAGGCUUUUCAUUUGCAUGAUGAAAUGAUACACAAGGGGUUUUUGCCUGAUUUUGUUACUGGGUUUUCGCCGGCUAUUGUUACAUACAAUGCGCUUAUUCAUGGGCUUUGCUUUUUGGAUAGGGUUGAGGAGGCUCUGGAGAUUUUGAGGGGCAUGCCUGAGAUGGGGUUGUCCCCUAAUGCUGUUAGUUAUAGCACUGUUAUAUCCGGGUUUUGCCAAAUCGGGGAGCUGGGGAAGGCGUAUGAAUUGAAGAUUGAGACGGAGGACAAGGCCAUCUGGUGGCUCGAUGAAGACACGUAUGAUUCACUUAUGGACAGCCUGUCGUAUGAGGAUACUUAUUCUAGUGUGAUGAAUGACUACUUAGCUGAAGGUAACAUGCAAAGGGCUUUGCAAUUGGAUCAUGAUAUGUCACGUGAUGGUUAUUUGUCAAGUUAUGUUGCCUAUAGUGUGCUUAUUAAUGGACUUCAUAAGAAAGCUAGGACAAGAGAAGCUAAGAGGGAUCUUUUAUAUAUAGCUUCUGAUGGCUUUUUGUCUAUGCCAUCUUACACAGUAUAUGAUAUUCUUUUAGAGAACUGCAGUAAUAGUGAAUUUAAGAGUCUGGUAGAGCUUGUUAAAGAUUAUAGUAUGAGGGAUUUAUCGGACGACGCAGCCACAGCUCAUACCACAAUGCUUCACCUGAAAAAUAAGACAGAUGGAGAAAAUAAGACAGAUGGAGGAAUGUAUAACCUGUUAAUAUUUGAACAUUGUAGAUCCCAUAAUGUUCAUAAGGCGUAUAAUAUGUACAUGGAGAUGGUGCAUUAUGGUCAUGCUCCGCACAUGUUUUCUGUACUUGCUCUUAUUAGUGCUCUAGAUGAUGAUAGAAUGUACAAUGAGAUGUCUUGGGUAAUUAAUAACACAUUGAGGAGCUGUAAUCUCAGUGAUUCUGAGCAGCUUAAAGUGCUUAGUGAAAUUAAUGUCACGAAAUCUGAAAUUUAUGCUCUUUUGGAUGUGUUAGCUGAAAUGGCCAUGGAUAGCCUGUUACUUGAUGGUGGAAAGUGUUCAUAUGCUCCAGCAUCCCGCCAUGUCCACUUCUCUGCUGCCACCAUUAUUGUCUUCCUGAUUUUAAUCCUAAGAGGUCUUCAAGAUUUCUUCACAUGAGGUUACUGAGCAUAUACUACUGUUUGGGUGUUUUUUAUUUUGGGUUAAAAACUAUAACCGUCCCUGAACUUUGAGCGAGAUUUGAAAACCGUCCCUCGCCGGAAAAUUAUCUGAAAACCAUCCUCAGACUUUCAAAAACAAAUUGGACCCGUCCCUCCGACCACCAUAGCUCCGGCGAGCUGCUUAUGUGGCCUUCCACGUCAGUUAAUGAGCCUAUGUGUAAUUUUUUUAUUAUUUAAAAUUAAAAAAAAUCAUAAUUAUUUUAUUUAACCCAAUUAUCCUAAAUUAACCAUAAAUCCCCAAAUUAACCCUAAACCCCCUUUGAACCCAGAAAUCUUGCAAGGUUCCAUCUUUGAACAUUCUACAUUGAACAUUGCUCUUGAAACAGAGUAAAACAGAGAAGGAAAACACUGCAUCAGAUUCUGGGGUGGGGUUGGAGAGGGAAGAGAACAAGAAACCACCGCCACCACCCCCAACCUCACGCACCACCACGCCCACCCACCACCACGGCACAAACCCAUCACCCCCAACCUCACCAACCCAGAAACCCACCCACCACCAGAGCAAAAAUCGACCACCCUCACUCCCAGCACCCUCAAC